GUGUGCCACAAGUUCAUGAAGACCCCCGAACAGCUGUUGGAGCAUAAGAAAUGCCACACUGUCCCCACCGGUGGGCUCAACUCAGGACAGUGGUGAGUUUCAGACUCCUCUAGGUGCCCAUUCUGCAUUUAUUCCACCAACCGCCCCGCUGCCAUGGAGUGCCACCUCAAGACCCACUACAAGAUGGAGUACAAGUGCCGGAUCUGCCAGACAGUGAAGGCCAACCAGCUGGAGCUGGAGACGCACACCCGGGAGCACCGCCUGGGCAACCACUACAAGUGCGACCAGUGCGGAUACCUGUCCAAGACCGCCAACAAGCUCAUCGAGCACGUGCGUGUCCACACCGGGGAGCGGCCCUUCCACUGUGACCAGUGCAGCUACAGCUGCAAGCGCAAGGACAAUCUCAACCUGCACAAGAAGCUGAAGCACGCCCCACGCCAGACCUUCAGCUGCGAAGAGUGCCUGUUCAAGACCACACACCCUUUCGUCUUCAGCCGCCACGUCAAGAAGCACCAGAGUGGGGACUGCCCCGAAGAGGACAAGAAGGGCCUGUGUCCAGCCCCCAAGGACCCGGCCGGCCCUGGGGCCCCGCUCCUGGUCGUCGGGAGCUCCCGGAAUCUCUUGUCUCCCCUGUCAGUCAUGUCUGCCUCCCAGGCUCUGCAGACCGUGGCCCUGUCGGCCGCCCACAGCAGCGGCUCAGAGCCCAACCUGGCACUCAAGGCUUUGGCCUUCAAUGGAUCCCCUUUGCGCUUUGACAAGUACCGGAACUCAGAUUUUGCCCAUCUCAUUCCCUUGACAACGUUGUACCCCAAGAACCACUUGGAUCUCACAUUCCACCCUCCCCGGCCACAGACUGCGCCCCCCAGCAUCCCCUCACCCAAACACUCCUUCCUCGCCUAUCUCGGACUAAGAGAAAGAGCAGAGACUGUCUGAGGGCAGCCGUGUUCUGUACCAAAAACAAAGAGACAAAGACAAACACACAAAACUUAAACACAACCCCAGCAGGUGUAUGUUGCUGCAAAACCUACAGACCCCCAUGGGUCUGAACCACGUGUACUGUAUAUCUUUAGUAAGGAAUAGAGAAUUGGCUCUGUGUGUAUACCUAUUGCAUUGACCUGAAAGCUGCUUUAUCCAAUCUUCAGAAAGGUGACCUACUGCAUACUCUACCUUCAGAGGCAUGCCUCCCCAGCCACCCACUCCCACUCUCAGCCCUUCUCCGUGCUUUUCUCUGAACGGAAUUUUGUCUUGUUAUACCCUAAAGAGAGUGUCCUUAAUAGCAAUCAGCACUCGUAAGCUUAUAUACUGGUGCAUUUGGAUUUUCUGUUGGGUGAAUGGGGUGUGUGGGCAUUUGUGGAUUCUGAAAGAGAAAGCCGUGUGUCGUGUGCCAUGACAUUUCUAUUGCACAUUCUUUGUACUAGCUUCUUUAACAGCGAUGGACAUUCUUUUCCCUCCUGGGUUGAUCAUCCACUACAGUCUCUCCCUGGGCUCCUUCAUCCCCUUCUGUCUCUAUUCUGUGGCUACAGAGUGGUAGGGCCUGGUGCUUGGUCGAUGAAGGAACAGUAAACGUCUACAGUGCUGCUGGAGAUUUCUGACAGAGUGCUGGAGACCUUGUCCUCAGAUCUCUUCUGGUGAUGAAGAUACAAGGAAUCAAGUGACUGAUCUGAAAGAAAUAUCUUGCAGCACUGCAGCUAACCUCACAAAACUUAAGUGUGUUUUGUGUGCGUGCCCAUACAUAGACAAUGUGUAUGGUGCACAUACACAGUGCGUCAUUUUUUAAAGGGCAGAUUAUAUAUAUAUAUAUAUGAUGUAUUAAUUCAGUGGUUACCAUUUGUUUGCAGGAGAAAAAAUUGUAUGAGUGAAAAAUUUUAUGGUCGAUAAAUCCAGCCAAGGAGAUUAAAAGGGGUUUGGAUAAAUUCUGGGUAUAAAUGCUCAGACUAAAAAAAAAGAAACAGCAGUUUUGCACAGUGCUUUGGUCUUGCACUAGUUUUUGUUUCGCAUCUGAAGAAAAAAAGUGAAAUAAAAGGAAGAAAAUGUACCUUUUUUAUGGAAUGAGUAGAAUGUAUGUUUGAAAAUUUAGCCACAACCUCUUUGACAUAUAAUGACACAACAAAAAGGUGCUGUUUAGUCCUAUGGUUCCGUUUUUGCCCCUGAGAAGUUUCCAUUGUGUUUGCAGAUCCUCUGGCUAUAGCGAUAUCCUCCAUGUUAUUAGUAAUUCUGUAUUCCAUUUGUUAACGCCUGGUAGAUGUAACCUGCUAGGAGGCUAACUUUAUACUUAUUUAAAGCUCUUAUUUUGUGGUCAUUAAAAUGGCAAUUUAUGUGCAGCACUUUAUUGCAACAGGAAGCAGGUGUAGAUUGGUUGCAUAGCCCUUUGCUAAUCUUAAAAAGUAAUGGGAGAUUUUAAAAGAAAAAAAAGGAAAAAAUCUUUGGCUAAAUAUGUUCCUUGCUUGUAUUUUUAAAGACAACAGAAUUUCCAGUAUGAAACAGGCUGAAAGAGCAGAAGGAAUGUGCUUUGUACAUUAAUGGGAAGUUUGGAAUAUAAAAGUUUAUAUAUUAUUUAUCUAUUGAAGAACUGGUGUACAGGAGGAGCGCUUUCUUACCGUGUUACCAUUUUCCAUCAUGUGUUAUUCUAGAGUUGGGAUUUUUUUUUUUCCUCAUGUUUCACCAGGGGAAAAUAAAAGCAUCCCUAAUUUUCUUCCUCUAAUCAGUUUGCUUCAUCAAAAGCCCCCUGGAAAAGAGUACAGUUCUACAGGAAGCCAGAGACUGUACUGCCUGUCCCCACCAUGGUCUCCCCCUCUCCUCUUCAUACCAACCCUCCUUCCCCCAGGCCUAUGCUCCUCUUCACCAGCCAUCCAGCCAUGGUUGGGGAGGCUGCUGGUGCCCUGGCAAACCUGUUUACACUAAAGGAGAUGUCUACAGGGCAGGGAGGCCCAACCAGCUAGGGCAUGAAGCUCCCAAACCCUCAGUCAUCCUCCAGCAGAGACCCUUGCACUUGGCUGUGUUUAGAACAUCGUUCAACCUCGCCAUGUUAAUGUCUCAGUAAAAGACACUAUAGACAGUUAUGGACAAUACACUCCAAGAAUACUGGGCUCAUGGGUGGGUUGUUUUUUUAAAAUGUCAUGUCUUUAUCCCCAUAUAAUGGAGAAUGUGCCACUUGGCUAAUAAUGUGUUUUCAAAAUUACAAGUUCAGUGAUGACAGGAAAGAGGGCUAUGGUGAUCCCACAGAGGCUGGCAGAAAAGGUGAAUCACACUUAAGCACCAGCAGGUUAAAAACCUAAAAGGGUGACCCUGACAAUUAGGACUAUAGGUUUUACAGCGUGCCACUUGUGCAAUAGGAGGUCCUAGGCUUGAAACUUUCAAGAGUGACAGGGGUGAUGGAAGGAGACGUUUAUUGCUCAAAUGCCAUGCAUUUCACUGCUUGCCACUGAACUUGUAUUUGAAUGACUUAGUAAUGCUUAAUAUAAUUGGGCAACUUUUUUAGCACUUUGGAAAGAGUCAUCAAUCUUUCUGGUAAAUUAUAAAAGUUUUCUGAGUGAGAAAAGGUGUGUUUGGAGUUCGUUUGACUUUUUAUAUUAUUAUUGUUAUUAAUUAAAAAAUCUACAGCAUUUUUCAAACUCCACCUAGAUAAUAUAUACCCCUGAAUUUGGUUUGCAGUUUGAUACUCAGGGAAGGAUGUGUUCCAUAGAUAUCCUUUCCGUGUAAAACACUAACAUCUUUGAGAAAUUCACCUACCAACUAACUUCAAUUCUGUUUUCACUAUGCAUUCUUCAAUGAAAGCUAGCUUAUUUUUCCAUAUAGUACUGCAGUUAGGGUUCUCAGCACUUUCUUCUGUCCUUUUUUUAACUCUUCAUAUUAUGUUCAGAUGAUCAUACUGUCAAGGUUUGUGUACAUUACUGAAAAUUUGUAUUGUAUAAAGCUUUUUGCAUUACAAGGCUGUACAGGGUCAUUUUGACAGUAACUGGUAUAUUCCUUUGCAUCUUAUGUUGCAUUGCCAAUUUCUAGUGUAUCCAGUUUGAAAGUAUAAUAUACUCUAAUUAAAAAAAAAAAAAAAGAAACGGU